AUGGCGCGGAAGCCCAGGCCGCGGCUGAUCGCCGAGCUGGCCCGCCGCGUGCGCGCCCUGCGCGAGCAGCGGAACCGGCCGCGCGACUCGCAGCGCUACGCCCUGGACUACGAGACGCUGACGCGGCCGUUGACGGGCCGCAAGCUGCCGGUGCGCGCCUGGGCCGACGUGCGCCGCGAGAGCCGCUUGCUUCAGCUGCUCGCCCGCCUCCCCGCCUUCGGCCUGGGCCGCCUGGUGACGCGCAAGUCCUGGCUGUGGCAGCACGACGAGCCGUGCUACUGGCGCCUCACCCGCGUGCAACCUGACUACACGGCCCAGAACUUGGACCACGGGAAGGCUUGGGGCGUCCUGACUUUCAAGGGGCACACCGAGGACGAGGCCCGGGAGAUCGAGCAGGUCAUGUACCACGAUUGGCGGCUGGUGCCCAAGCACGAGGAGGAGGCUUUUACCACGGCCACGCCGGCCCCCGAGGGCAGCUUGAGCCCGGUGCCCUACCCGCCUCUACUCCGCGCCAUGAUCCUGGCCGAGAGGCAGAAAAACGGGGACCCCAGCGUCGCGGAGCCGCUGCUGAGCCUCGAGAGAGCGGGUGUGGUGCCCUGGGACUACCCUGCUCGGAGGAAGUCCAAGGCCAAGGGCACCCAGGUCUAACUGCUGGGACCGCGGGCGGACUGGGCCGCGGCGCCCACCUGC